CCUCUCUUCCUCCCUCUCUCUCUCUCUCUCUCUCUAGCUCUCUCUCUCUUCAUCGCCGCCCUCCGCCGCCGCGAGAUCAAUGGCGUCCUCGGCGCGCAAAGGCGGCGUCUCCCUCCCCGACAAGCGGAACCCCAAGAGCGGCGGCGGCGGCGACGGCGCCGGGAGCGGCAUCGUCUCCAGGAUCGCGGAGUCGCAGAUCGUCGCCCGGGGGAAGCGGGCGGCGGGCGACGCGGCGUUCGUGACGAAGAAGCUCCUGAGGAGCACGGGGAAGGCCGCCUGGAUCGCCGGCACCACCUUCCUCGUCCUCGUCGUGCCCCUCAUCAUCGAGAUGGACCGCGAGCAGCAGCUCAACGAGCUCGAGCUCCAGCAGGCCAGCCUCCUCGGCACUCCCCCCGUCGGGCAGAAAUGAAAGAGCCGCGGUAACGGUUCGCCCCCCCCCCCCCCCCCCCCUUAGAUUGGUCGCUGGUGUGUAUUUGAUGCGCUCCCGGGGUUGGAAUUUCUAGCUUUCGUUGCCCUUUUCUUCGAUAUAAUUUUAGUCGUAGCCAUUGGACAAUGGUCGUCUUAAUCAGUGUAGUUUCUGGAAUUUUGUUCGUUCAAUGUGAAUUCGAGAUAAGAUUUGGCGAUUAUAUCAUCUCUGUUGAAGGGGUAUGACCUCUUUGUUUUUC